AUGAUCAGGGAGAUGAUGGAGCCAGAAGCCAGAAGAGGAGAAAGGCCUACCUAUAGAAAGCCGUACCCGGCUUAUAUAGAUCAGAUUCCUCUACCCCCAGGUUUCAAAGUACCAAACUUCACCUUAUUUAAUGGAGAAGAUCCUCAUGCUUCCUCAGUAGAACACAGAGGCAGGUUCUCUGUCCAGUGCAAAGCCAUAGAAAAUAAUCCUUUGCUAAAACUGAGGCUUUUUGGAAAUUCUCUCUCCGGACAAGCUUUCACCUGGUAUACUAGCUUACCAGCAAAUUCUGUUCAGACCUGGGAGCAAAUGGAAAGUGUCUUCCAUGACUACUAUUUCAGGAUCCAGCCAGAAGUCACCAUCAGUGACCUUGCUGCCCUCAAACAGAAUGAAGAUGAGCCUGCUCAGGACUUCAUAGCCAGGUUCAGGAAGCUCAAAAUGAAAUGCCGAAUCCCCAUGGAAGAAAGACACUUCAUCCAGAUGGCUCAAACCUCCCUCAAAAUCUCUUUGAGAAAAAGAUUUGAUGGAAUGCUAUUUGGGGAUCUGGCAGAACUGGCAGAUAAGGCAUCUAAGUAUGAGGAGCUACUAAGGGAAGAACAGCAGAAGAGGAACUCUUCCAAAGGCACAUAUUACAAGACCCCUUCUUCUUCAGUUCAUCUGAUUGAGGUAGAAUCAGAAGAAGACAUAGAAGACUCGGAGGAAAGAGAGAUCGCAGUAGCAGAAAUGGCAAAGUUAAAACAUCCCAUUACCUGCAAAGCUCUCACAAAGCCACCAAAAGAUCAGAAGCCGCCACCAUUCACAGGAGGGUUUGUUCCAAACAAACCAACACAGAACAAGAUCUAUUCCUUCUAUCUGACCAAAGUCGAUGCUUUAUUUGAUGAGAUGCUGUUACAAAAAGCGAUAGAGACACCUCAUAAGCUGCCCAAACCAGAAGAACUCAAGGGGAGACAGUAUUGCAGAUGGCACAAUUCCUGA